AUGUGGAAAUAUGCAGUGACGGGUUUAUUUAUUUUGUUCAACUCUUUUAUAAUAGUAACUCAAAUAGACCUCCAGGAUAUAAUAUACAACACGUUCUUUUAUAAAGGAAACAACAAUUCGAAUAUAAUUCAAAUAAAAAGUCUUAGGCAACAACGACUUAAAAGAAACGCACCAUUUAGAAACAUUGAAGAAAUUACAAAGAUGUCGAAAGAAUUAAACACAUAUUCUUAUAUGAUUCUUCAUAACAACUCAGUUAUCAGUGAACACUAUUUUAAAUCCUAUAUUGACGACUCUAAACUAGAAUCGUUUUCAAUAACAAAAAGUAUUGUUUCCUUAAUGGUGGGUAUUGCACUUGACAAAAAGUAUUUGUCUUCAAUAGAAGAUAAAAUUGGAAAGUAUUUUCCUGAAUGUACAAUGUCGAACACCUCAAUCAAAAACUUGUUGGAGAUGUCAAGUGGUGUUAAAUUAUACUCUUUAAGUGGGUUCUUUACUUCACUGGUUGAUUUUUAUUCUUCAAAUUUGACAAAAAGAGCUUUUAGUAGAAAACCUGUCUUUGAGAGUGGCAAGUAUUGGGUGUACGAUAACAUUAAUACUCAACUGAUAGUUUUAGUAUUAGAGAAAGCAACUAAAAUGAAAAUAAACGUAUUUGUUGAGAAUUAUUUGUGGAAAUACAUUUCCACCACAGAAGCUCAAUGGUCAACAGACGACUCUGGGAAUGUAAAGGCGUUUUGUGGAUUACAAAUGACGUCAGAAGAUUUGUUACGAAUAGGAAAGUUGAUUAUGGAUAAAGGUAAGGUUAAUGGAUAUCAAGUAGUUUCUGAGAGUUACUUACAGAUGAUAUUCAAUGUCAACACAAAUCUUUGUAUUCUCAGUGACAUAAAACAACACAACAAAAAUUAUGGAUUACACGCUUGGAAAUCUAAGAUCAACGAUACAACAAUAAAGUAUUUCUUUGGUUCUGGUGGUCAGUUUUUGUUAUUAAUAGAAGAAUGGAAUACAGUUGUCGUCCAUAUGGGGUUCGAUGUGUUAAUAAGUGGACCAGAUGAUAUCGAUCAUAUUCUUCAAAAAGUUGUCGAAGUGACACAUAAGACUCUUUUGGAUUAA